AUGACGGCUACUAGAAUUCAAAAUGAUUUUGUUUGUGUCGAAUGUGGCCUGAAAUCUGAUGAAGUAUACAAAGAAUUCAAAGGUGGAAGCUUUAAACUUUGUAUUUGUGUAAGUGCAACAAUUUCCUUGGGAUACUCACUACUCAGUGAUGAUAUAAACACAUUUGAAAACACCAUUGUUCACAAAAGACGGUGUGAGGUUGAGACCUUGAGACGUUUGAGACGAAAGAACUUUGGAAAUUAUUAAUCAUGACAUAUUUUACAGCUUUUUCAUAUCUUGCUUGAUUCUUGAAGUAUUUUAACUGAAAGAGUGAACUAUCUAAUCUUCGAUUACUGAAGAUAAUAUCCUCAGUAUAAAAUCCAAAAUAGCACACGUACAAUUCACUGUUUUUCAGUCAAUCAGGACCAGGGUGCAUUCUAAGUGCAAUACACCAAAAUCUUUGGUAUGAGUUUGGCACAUUACAAUACUAUCUAUAGUUAAUAUCGGCAUAUCUUUGGCAUAGGGUUUGCAUGGAAUGCACCCUGGAAUCGGGAUGUGCAUGUGACAUCCAGGGUUGCCGGAACUGGGGGCAGGGGGGGCGGCUGCCCCCCUUGCCCUUUGCUAGGGGGGGGCAGAAGUGCCCUUUUAGUUGUAAAAUACUACGUGAUAAAUCACAUUUCCAACGAUGCUUUUUGUACGAAAAUCAUGAGAUUCAGGCAAUUCAUAGUUAAUAUUUGACUUUUGGUAUGUGCGGAAAAAUUUUUGACCCCUAAAAUGGUACACUGCCCGAAUUUUUUUGGCGACGGGGGGGCACCCAAAAUUUUCGAUUGAAAAAAAAUUUUCCAGUAAAUUUUGUAAUUUUGCUCUAUAGAGGUGCCCUUGGUUUGCGUCCGCCCCCCUUUGCCUUAUUAUCGUUCCGGCGUCCCUGGUGACAUCACAAGUGGGCCGGGGUUAUAAUUAACAAAUUUUAUUCACAUGGAAGUAUAUAUGCAAGGCUAACGCCACUCCUGACAUCACUAAGACCGUUGUUAAUGAGGUUAAGAAUGAAUCAUUAAGAUGCAUUGCGGCCCUAAAUGCACCCUACUUUAUUAUUUUAUUGUAUGAUUUGCAUCUAACACCAGACUUUUACUUGUCAAGGGAGACCCCUGGCACUCAAUGUGUUAAUCCAAGUUGUCAGAAAACUAAUUACAUCCAGUUAAAAUAUUUCAAGAGUUCUGCAAAAAUCUGCAACAAGAUUUCAUACAUAGCUUUAAAGUUUUUUCAAACAAGACUAAAAUUUAAAAUGUUGUACAGAAGAUGUAAAAAUCUCAGUCUGCACAUGGUUUGCUUGUUGUAUACGUACAGAGUAAAGACUAUAACUGUACACUUUACAUCAGAGAUUUCAUAUAAUGUGAAAUAGAAAUAAUGUCAUUUAAACAAUAGGCAGAUGCUAAAACUGCACAAUUUCUGACUCCCACUCCCCUUAUUUUUACAUUCAUAAAUACAGUAAAUGUUUAAAUUGUGAAAAAGAUCAGUAUACCUGAAAAAUACAUUUAAUGCUGGUUGGUUCCAUAAUUGUAAGUAGAGACGAUAACAUAAAGCAGUCAUAUGAAGGAUAUAUAUAACUACCUGGAAAUAUAAGCAAAACUUUGACGUCUGAAGUGAAUGAAGGGCAUUAACUUGAACCAUCAAAGUUCAGCUUAUAAUGUUUUCAUGCAGGUAGUUGUGUACGGUAUCCUUCAAACAAUAGCUUUCUGGAAAAUACACAAGCCAAUAUGCCAGUAGAUCUCACACCACUAUGCCAAUCUGUAUUGUAACAUACUCCAUGCUAGAGAUCUUUGAAGUUCUGUGCACUGCACUGUACUACCAGUUCUCAUUUGGAAUGGUUACCAAAUAUAUACAGUACUUGAAGAAUACUUAUGUACACACCAUGUUUUAAAAACAGUAUUCAUUUAAUUCAUGGAUUUUAGUUCCAAAUAUUAUAUAUACAAAAAGAAAAUGUUGUUAAUCUCAAUUAAUUACCAUUAUUAGUGGCAUAUCUCGAGGUCUAACAAAAAAAAUCCUGUGGUUCCAGUUGUCCAAUCAAUCCCCUUUUUUCUGCUAUCUCUAAUGUUUUGUUUUCAUUGUUGGGGUAGUCUGCUUUUCUUUCACACUUUCUAAUUUAUAACUAAUAUAAUGUGAAGUCAAACAUGUCAUGAAGUUGUAAAUUUAUUACAAUUAUUAUAAAACCUUGUUUUAUUCCAAUUGGAAUUCCAAUUAAGCAAUUUAAAUUUUCCUCUUGGAAUCCAUUUGGAAUCCAUGAUGAUUUUUUAAAAUCCAUUUUGGAAUCCAUUAUGAGGGCAACAGGUUUUUCAUGUGUUUUUACCCUCUUUAAAUAAAGUUGUUCAUUCAUUUAACUUCGAACAAUUGGAAAUUGGCCCAAAUUCCAAUUCGAAUUCCAAUUCCAAUUGGAAUUCUAGAAUAAUUGGAUUUUUUUAUAUGGGUAGUGGAAUGUUCCUGACCAAUGUCAAGAAAAAGAGUGCAUAAUCUUGUUAAUUUAUAUUUUCUUUUCAGAAAUUUUGCCAGCAAAGAGUUGACAAGUAUGUAGAGUUUGAUACAGUUCUAGUAUUUCUGGACAUCAUUCUACAUAAAAUUCAAGCUUAUCGUCACCUGAUAUUUAAUAAACCUCCAAAG